AUGCUCUCAGAACAGUUGGGCCAGUCUGGGUGGCAGGCUAAGGUGCAGGAUCCGAGGCCCCACAGCCCACACACUACCUUCUUCCCGCCUGCGGCCCGGACCCCGAACUCAACCUCAGUUUCCCCAUCUGUAGAUUGGGGAUGCGGCCACACCCUGCUCCCCCGCCCCGGCUGCGAGUACGCCCCACCUCUGUCCUUGGGCUCCGGUUCCUCCUGCCCCGGCACCGGCGGCUGCUCUGGGGCCCAGGGAGGGCCCAGGCUCCGGCUCCGCCUGCGCCGCUUCCGCUGCUUCCUCUCCUCUCCCGACCCGUCGCUGAGGCUCUGCUCGCCCGAGGCCUCGUCCCCGGCUGCACAGGGCCCCACUCCCCUCAGGCCCAGGCUGCGGUCCCGGCUCAGCCCGCGCCCCGGAGGCUGCGGCUGCUGCUCGCUAGCCGACCGGGCCUCCCCGGCGCCGGGCCUGCGGCCGCGCUUGCGCCGCGGCGCCUCCUCCUCUGCUUCGGCGGCUGCCGCCACAGUCUCCCGGGCGCGCCGGCGCCGGCGCCUCCUCCUCCUGUCCCGCCUGGCUGAGGCGGACUCCGGGCAGGGCCCUGCUGACAAGGCCGAGGCCCGAGUGCACAGGCGGCGGCCCGACGCCCACUCCCGUUCCGCCUCGUCGCUGCCGCCGUCGUCGCCGUCGCCAGGCCGCGCGGGCCCCGAGCCCCGCGACCGCAACCGCGGCAUGACCCGCCCCGCCCCCAAGCAGCCUCCGCUGCCGCCGCCUCGACGUGCACCCCGGCUACGGCCGCCGCUGCCACUGCCUCGCGCCACUCCUCGAGCCAGCCUCGCUCCCGGGCGCGCGCGACUCGUGCUCCUCACACGCUAAGGGCGAGGCAGUGGGAAAGCGGAAGUGACGCGCGGGACCCUCCGAGUCCCCCUUCUACUCCCUCCCUCCCCAAUCAACCUACACCGGUGCCCCUGAGUAUCAGCAGCGUCCGGAGCGGGAGCUAAAGCGAGGCCCUUAGCACAGGCUGAGCGCCCUUCCAGCCAGGAUGCGCCCUCCGCCCACCUUCUCUGCUUCUGGUUGCCGAGCCUCGCAGGACGAAGCCACACCCAUCGGGGCCGGGCAGUCUCUCCCGGGCUGCUCCCCGAAGCCUGGGGUCACUGACCCAGUGCACCUCUCCGAACGCCCACUUCGGAGCUCCCCUCCCCCCUCUCCCCCAGGCGUCCCUCCCCCAGGCCACUUAGCAAAGAAGCCUGUAGCGUUGGCAGGAGAGCGCCCCCAUUCCAGCUCUUGCCUUCGUGGCCAUUCUCCAAUCUCUGCUUGGGCUGGAGAAGGAGCCUUUCCUUCUGGACCAGGCGAACCGUGUAGCUGGGGCCGUUCGAUCCACUCUAUAAACUCGAGCCUCCCGAACCCUAGUCUAAGAAAAGCAGCAAAAUGAAAUCGCUUCUAGUCCUACUUUCUCUUUAUUUUCUCCAAUUAUAUGUAAAAAAACGACAACAACCCCCCCUUUUUUUGUUAUACAUUUAUUUAUUUACAUAUUUUCUUAUGAAUUAUGUUAGGAGAGAAAAAUCAGAACAAAAGGGAAAAGCACAAGAAAAAAAAAAAAGCAAGAAAAAAGAAAAAGUGAACAUAGCAUGUGUUGAUUUAUAUUGUCUCCUUUGUUCUCUCUCUGGAUGAGAAUGGAUUCCAAAGUUUAUUGGGACUGCUUGGAUCACAACCAGUGAGAAGAACUGGAUCUGUCAUAGUUGAUAUCACACUGUAUAUAGUAACAGCACGAAUGUGCAUUCCUGAUUCUGCUUGUUUUGCUCAGUAUCAGUUCCCCUGUAAAUCUUUCCAGACCUUUCUAAAAUCAGUUUGUUUUUUUUUUUUUUUUGGUAGAACAAUAAUAGCCCAUUACAUUCAUAUACCAUAUAACUUAUUCAGCCAUUCCCCAACUGAUGGGAGUCUGCUCAUUUUCCAUUUCUUUGCCACCACAAAAAACUGUUACAAACACUUUUGUACAUAGGGGUCUUUCCCCUUCCUUUAUGAUUUCUUUGGGACACAGACCCAGUAGUGGCACUGCUGGAUCAAAAGUUAGCACAGUUUCAGAGUUCCUUGGGCAAGUUCCAAAUUGCUCUCCAGAAUGCAGUUGGAUCAUUUCACAAUUCCCUCAAAAAUAGAUUAGUAUCCCACAUCCCCUCCAACAUUUAUCAUUAUUUCUUGUCAUUUUAGCUAAUCUGAGAGGUGUGAAGUGGUUCAUUAGAGUUGUUUAUUUUGUAUUUCUAAUCAAUAGUAAUUUAGAGCAUUUUUUUCAGCUAACUAUAGAUGACUUUAAUUUCUUCACCUGAAAAUUAUUUAUACCCUUUGACCAUUUAUCAAUUGGGGAAUGACAUGUAUUCUUAUAAAUUUGAUUCAGUUCUUUAUAUAU